AUGGUAUCGGCAGUAAGACGCUUCAUUCGUGUAGGAGAGAAUGAACUGGUCCCAAUUCGCAUCCAUCUCGACAAUGAGCUUUUGCGAGACAUGGUGCGCCAGAACUUUAAAAAGAAGCUGGAGACCGACAAAACCGACCUUAUUUCUGAGUUUCACCCUGUGAUGCUCAGUGAACGCGAAAUCGUCAAUCUACUGGAAAUCCUUAUUCCCUACCUUCAACAGCAUAGUUAUGAAGAUCUUUCUGGGGUGGGUCCUAAAAUCAACAUUAAAGAUAAAAAAACAAUUAAAGAGUUUCGUGAGUACGGACACAACCCUACGUUGUCAGACCGUAUUAAAAUUGAAAGCAAUGUAACAGGGGGGUGGCAAGCAUUAGUAUUUGUUCCGAAGGCCUAUUCCGCUUCAACUGCAAAGUUACAGAUGUAUUCAAACGAUCAGGUAUUGGAACGUGAUAUUCAGGUAAUGCCGGAUUUCAGAAAGGAAGACGACGACGAUGACGAUGAGCCUGAAGUUGGAAAUAAUGAAGAAGACGACGUUGAUUCAAAAGCUAAAAAAAAUAUUAAUGUCAAGUACCGACGGUUGAAUGUUCGUGCUAUGUCGGGCUCCGGAACUUUUGACGACACUGUGGACGUAUAUGUGCAAUCAAAGCCCACGCUACAACGUACACGAAGGUCGGACAUUGGCACUAGCAGUGAUCCGAACCAGAGCACGAUUGUAUUGUGA